UGGAUCGCUUCACUCUAAACUCUGUAAAAAGUGUCGGACCUUAUAGGCGGCGUCAAUUCAGAGGAGGGUCCAGAACUCGAGAUCGCUUCGUCGGCGACGCCACCUACUUAGCGUCGCGGUGCACGGGACUGCUGACGCCGCAGAAAAGUUGCUCGCAGCACUUCUUACAGCGAGGAAGGAGAUCGACGUCACCAUGCCCAACCAGUCCUUCUUUUCCUCUCACAGCCGAAUCUAGACCAGAACCAGGAUCCGCCGACCCCAGGACCAGACCCGCAGGAGCGCGAGCAGUCACCGACAGGACCUGGAGCGGGAGCAUGAUGACCGGGUUCCGACUGAACUGGUCUCCGCUGAAGGAGCCGCUGGGCUUCAUCAAGCUGGUGGAGUGGCUCACGGCCAUCUUUGCUUUCGGAAGUUGCGGCGGCUUCUGGGGUCGGAACGUUGUCACGUUGUUCUGCGGUGACGGCAGGAACCAAACGCUCUUUGCUGACUUCCGAUAUCCCUUCAGAAUGAGUCAGAGUCCACUGGUGGACGGAAACGCCACUUACUGCAAUCGGACUGUCACCACAACUCACCUGGUGGGAGACUCUUCCUCGGCAGCUGAGUUCUUUGUGGGCGUGGCUGUGGUCUGCUUCCUCUACAGUCUGGUAGCCUUGCUGGUCUACCUGGGCUACAUGCAUGUCUACAAGAAUUCCGACUUCGGGCCCAUUGUGGACUUGGUGGUGUCAGCGGUGCUGGUCUUCCUCUGGCUGGUGUGCUCGUCUGCAUGGGCUAAGGGUUUGCAGAACGUGAAAGACGCCACAGACACGGAUGGUAUUCGCCGAACUCUGCAGAUCUGCAACGGAGGUGCCAUCACCUGUGAUGUCACCGAGUCUGCAAACCUGCGAUCUCUCAACUUCUCUCUGGUCUUUGGGUUCCUGAACAUGUUCAUCUGGGGGGCAAACGUCUGGUUCGUUUACAAGGAGACUCGCUGGCACUCCAGAAAGUUCUCCUCCCAACCUGGACGACAACAGCAGGUCCCCACCAGCAUCUGAACGGGCGCAACAUGCAUAAAAGACAACACAUCAAGACAAGUUCCACAAAUAAAUAAUACUCCAUCGCAAACCAGUUACACGCAUGGACAAACUGCACCAACAAAUCUAGCUCACCAAAGUUGAUUGUGCACACAUCAGAAUGUAAACCUUUAAAAUGGCACCGACAAACACCCCACGUGUGAACCAGCAUUCACGCCGCGCCACUGACAUAAAGCAAAUAAACCAGUUGUUGAAUGUAAAGACCCCCCUCUGCUGGCGACAUGCAGGUACAACAGCUUUGAUGUGACGACCGCGCAGCUCACUAGUAGUCCGAGAUAAUCGUGACGGAAGUGUAAAAUGAAAGCAGGUUGAAAUGUGACGGGAGUGAAGGCAAAAACUGAAGUUAAUCUCCAGUCGUGCAAAUGAAACGUCUCUGUCCAAGUCAUGAACGACAGUAUCAGUAACUGAUCUGGUUUGUUUGGUACUUAUUCCUCUUUUCCAAAAAUCUGUGCAGAUGCUUGUAAUAAAAA